UUAGCUUUUCCUCUGUCGUGACAUCUUUGUUAAUAUUUUCUUUAAAAUAUAAGGGCAAGUACGACAACAUUGAUGUUGCAAUAACUUUUGCAUUGCUUGGGGGUGCCAUAGCUCUAGACAUAUAUGUGAGUCUCAUGCUUGUUUUGUCUGAUUGGUGGAUAAUAAUCACUCCCGAGCAAGGCAUAACGAAAUACUUGAGAUCUAUAUUAAUACGGUUGCUUCAGUUUUCGACCUGCACAAAAGAUAACAGUCACUGUAGAUGGUCUCAGUACAUGUCAAAGUACAACCUACUAGAACGUUGCUUUAAGGAUCCUCCUUCAAUAUUGAAGUAUAUAUUCAUAAAGGGAAUUAAGGAUGCUUUGAUUGGUUUUUUAUACGUCGCCAAAAAGCAGGUUGAUGAGCAACUUUUGGUGAAGUUUGUCAUUGAAGAGCUACAGAAGAAAGCAAAGCUAGCCCCCGAUUUGAAGGAAACGAAGGAAGUAAAUUCAGCUAGAGGUAAUUUGGCUUUGGAAAACGAGUUUUUUCUUGUUUCAGAGUAUUUGAAUCCUUGGACUGUGGAUGUUGAUUAUGAUGAAAGCGUGUUGAUUUGGCAUCUUGCUACUGAUAUAUGUUAUUGGACUAGCCAAGAACAUGGUAGUACUGAUAAUGUUGAUGGGAUGGACUACCGUAGUUUCUCUAAAUGGCUCUCAGAUUAUAUGUCAUAUCUUCUACUAAGGCAACAGUCUUUGGUAUCUUUGGUGGUAGGAAUGUCGGAAAAUCGGUUUGAAGACACAUGUGCAGAGGCGAGAAAGUUUAUGAAUAAAAGCUUAAAUGUCCAUUGGUUUUCUUACAUUUGUGCUGAGACUAAGAAAUGUUUGUGCUCAAAGUUAAAUUGCCAAACUUCUGGCGUGGAAUGCGAAAAUCAUGGUACAAAGGAAGAGGAAGAGUUUUUUAAGGAAUUUUGUAUCAAGGUUCUCAAAGUGAAAGCGCACAUCCCACCUAUUGUUGCAAAGGGGGAUAAAAGCAAAUCUGUGUUAUUUGAUGCUUGUCGUCUCGCUGAGCAACUGAAGAUGUUUGGAAGCAGUCAGUGGGAGAUAACAAGCAAGGUCUGGGUGGAGCUGCUUUGUUAUGCUGCUAACCGUGCCUCACCCAGAUCCCAUGUUGCACAACUAAGAAGAGGUGGGGAACUCAUUACAUUAGUGUGGCUAUUGAUGGCUCAUCUUGGUUUAGGAGAGCGUUUCCUACAAAACCAGGGGUUUGGGUGGACUAAACUUAUUAUUCACAAGUAAAAUUUUGUCAUCAAUACACUUGUU